CUCUCUCUUUCUCUCUCUUUCUCUCUCCCCGGUUGUUUUCGGAGCGGACCGGACUCGAACCGACGCCGCGUGCGGAUGUGGAAGUGUCCGCGCGGUACCGGACGCCUGGGGGGUCGAACGAGCGGACAUGCCGGCCGCCGUGAACCACUUGAUUGAGCGGCUCGUCGCGUGGCCAGGUGACCGCGGACCGAUGCCGACCGACUGAGAGGAGCUCCGGGGUAACGCGACGAGCCGUUUGCCGCCGGUCCGGACCGAGCGCGGCGGCGGUUGGGGAGGCGGACGACUCUCCGGUGGCUCCAGGCGCAGGAGGAAGAUGCCCUUCCAUCACGUGCGUGCAGGUCUCCUGUAUCCAGACAACUUCUUGAGCAGCUCACUGGCAGAAGGUUCUGAAGCCUUCCAGCUCACCAGCAUCUCCACAGAGGAGCUUGGAGAAAUCCGCGAGGCGUUCCGUGUUUUGGACCGUGACGGCAAUGGCUUCAUCUCCAAGCAGGAGCUGGGAAUGGCCAUGCGCUCGCUGGGUUACAUGCCCAGUGAGGUGGAGCUGGCCAUCAUCAUGCAGAGGCUGGACAUGGACGGGGACGGCCAGGUGGACUUUGAGGAGUUCAUGACGAUACUGGGGCCCAAGCUGCUGUCGUCUGACAACAGAGAAGGUUUCCUUGGCAACACCAUCGACAACAUCUUCUGGCAGUUUGACAUGCAGCAGCUGUCAGUUGGACGAGCUGAAGCAGGUGCUCUUCCACGCCUUCCGAGACCACCUGACGAUGAAGGACAUCGAGAACAUCAUCAUCACCGAGGAGGAGAGCCUCAACGAGACCUCAGGGAACUGUCCCGAGUACGAGGGAGUGCAUCCCAAGAAGAAGAACCGCCAGACGUGCGUCAGGAAAAGUCUGAUCUGCGCCUUCGCCAUGGCCUUCAUCAUCAGCGUCAUGCUGAUUGCCGCCAACCAGAUGCUGCGUAACGGCAUGGAGUAAACUUCUGAGCGCUGAGACUCCUGGACCUCAAUGAUGGACCUGGAUGAGACCACGAUGGAGACUGUGGAACCACCUUAAACUGUAAUACACCAUGAUGGACCAGGAUUGACCUUAAUGGACUGUAAUGGAUCAUGAUGGACCUGGAUGGACUGUAAUGGUCUGUGAUGGACCUUGAUGGACCUGGAUGGACCAUGAUUGACCUUAAUGGACUGUAAUGGAUCAUGAUGGCCCAUGAUGGACCGUGAUGGUCCGUGAUAGACCAAUAUAGACCUUGUUGGAUCGUGAUGGACCGUGAUUGACCAUAGUGGACGUUGAUGGACCAUGAUGGACUAUGAUGGACCUUGAUGGACCUUAAAGGGCCUUGAUGGACCUUGAGGGACCUUAAAGGACUUUGAUGGACCUUGAUGGACCAUGAUGGACCUUAAAGGACUUUGAUGGACCUUGAUGGACCAUGAUGGACCUUGAUGGACCUUAAAGGACCUUGAUGAACCUCAAAGGACCUUGAUGAACCUUAAAGGACUUUGAUGGACCUUGAUGGACCAUGAUGGACCAUGAUGGACCUUAAAGGACCUUGAUGGAUCUUGAUGAACUCUGAGAGACCGUGAUGGACCUAAAUGCACCAUGAUAAACCAUGAUGGACAAUGAUCAAUUAUGAUGGACCACGAUGGACCAUGAAGGACUAUAAUGCACCAUAAAGGACUAUAAUGCACCAUGAUAAACCAUGAUGCACAAUGAUCAAUUAUGAUGGACCUUGGUGGACCAUAAUAAGCCAUGAUGGACCAUGAAGGACUAUAACGCACCAUGAUGGACCAUGAUAAACCAUGAUCAAUUAUGAUGGACCUUAAUGGACCAUGAUGGACCAUGAAGGACUAUGAUCAAUUAUGAUGGAUCAUGACAAACCAUGAUGGACCAUGAAGGACUAUAUUGCACCAUGAUGGACCAUGAUAAACCAUGAUGCACCAUCAUGCAGAAUGAUCAAUUAUGAUGGACUAUGAUAAACCAUGAAGGACUAAAAUGCGCCAUGAUGGACCAUGAUAAACCAUGAUGCACAAUGAUCAAUUAUGAUGGACCUUGAUGGACCAUAAUAAACCAUGAUGGACCAUGAAGGACUGUAAUGCACCAUGAUGGACCAUGAUAAACCAUGAUGCACCAUCAUGCAGAAUGAUCAAUUAUGAUGGACCAUGAUAAACCAUGAAGGACUAUGAUGCACCAUGAUAAACCAUGAUGGACCCUGAUUCACAAUGAUCAAUUAUGAUGGACCAUGAUAAACCAUGAUGGACCAUGAAGUACUAGAAUGUGCCAUGAUGGACCAUGAUAAACCAUGAAGGACUAUGAUGCACCAUGAUAAACCAUGAUGGACCAUGAUUCACAAUGAUCAAUUAUGAUGGACCAUGAUAAACCAUGAUGGACCAUGAAGUACUAGAAUGUGCCAUGAUGGACCAUGAUAAACCAUGAAGCACCAUGAUGGACAAUGAUCAAUCAUGAUGGACCAUGAUGGACCAUAAUAAACCAUGAUGGACCAUGAAGGACUGUAAUGCACCAUGAUGGACCAUGAUAAACCAUGAUGCACCAUCAUGCAGAAUGAUCAAUUAUGAUGGACCAUGAUAAACCAUGAAGGACUAUGAUGCACCAUGAUAAACCAUGAUGGACCCUGAUUCACAAUGAUCAAUUAUGAUGGACCAUGAUAAACCAUGAUGGACCAUGAAGUACUAGAAUGUGCCAUGAUGGACCAUGAUAAACCAUGAAGGACUAUGAUGCACCAUGAUAAACCAUGAUGGACCAUGAUUCACAAUGAUCAAUUAUGAUGGACCAUGAUAAACCAUGAUGGACCAUGAAGUACUAGAAUGUGCCAUGAUGGACCAUGAUAAACCAUGAAGCACCAUGAUGGACAAUGAUCAAUCAUGAUGGACCAUGAUGGACCAUAAUAAACCAUGAUGGACCAUGAAGGACUGUAAUGCACCAUGAUGGACCAUGAUAAACCAUGAUGCACCAUGAUGGACAAUGAUCAAUUAUGAUGGACCUUGAUGGACCAUAAUAAACCAUGAUGGACCAUGAAGGACUGUAAUGCACCAUGAUGGACCAUGAUAAACCAUGAUGCACCAUGAUGGACAAUGAUCAAUUAUGAUGGACCUUGAUGGACCAUAAUAAACCAUGAUGGACCAUGAAGGACUGUAAUGCACCAUGAUGGACCAUGAUAAACCAUGAUGCACCAUGAUGGACAAUGAUCAAUUAUGAUGGACCAUGAUGGACCAUAAUAAACCAUGAUGGACCAUGAAGGACUGUAAUGCACCAUGAUGGACCAUGAUAAACCAUGAUGCACCAUCAUGCAGAAUGAUCAAUUAUGAUGGACCAUGAUAAACCUUGAAGGACUAUGAUGCACCAUGAUGGACCAUGGUUCACUUUGAUCAAUUAUGAUGGACCAUGAUAAACCAUGAUGGACCAUGAUAGAUCAUAAUGGACCUUGAUGGACCAUAAUAAACCAUGAUGGACCAUGAUGGACCAUGAAGGACCAUGAAGGACUGUAAUGCACCAUGAUGGACCAUGAUAAACCAUAAUGCACCAUCAUGCAGAAUGAUCAAUUAUGGUGGACCAUGAUAAACCAUGAAGGACUAUGAUGCACCAUGAUAAACCAUGAUGGACCAUGAUUCACAUUGAUCAAUUAUGAUGGACCAUGAUAAUCCAUGAUGGACCAUGAAGGACUAAAAUGCGCCAUGAUAAACCAUGAUGCACCAUGAUGGACAAUGAUCAAUUAUGAUGGACCUUGAUGGACCAUGAUAAACCAUGAUGGACCAUGAAGGACUGUAAUGCACCAUGAUGCACCAUGAUCAAUUAUGAUGGACCACGAUGGACCAUGAUAAACCAUGAUGGACCAUGAAGGACUAUGAUGCACAAUGAUCAAUUAUAAUGGACCAUGAUGGACCAUCAUAAACCAUGAUGGACCAUGAAGGACUAUGAUGUACCAUUAUGGACCAUGAUAAACCAUGAUGCACAAUGAUCAAUUAUGAUGGACCAUGAUGGAUCAUGUAAGACCAAGAAGGACCAUGAUCAAGCUUGAUGGAUAAUAAAGGACUAUGGAAGGCCAUGAAGGUUUAUAAAGGACCAUGAUAAACCAUGAUGGACCAUGAAGGAACAUGAUGGACCUUGAUGUACCAUGAUGGACCCUAAUAGACCAUGAUGGACACUACUAGACCACAAUGGACCCUACUAGACCACGAUGGAUCCAAGUACGUCUGUGAACAACCUUUGUGCUGCUACGAAGUUUAGUUUGAGGAGCAGAAGAAGAGAUGUUUAUUUUGUGUGAAGAUGUCACAUUUCAACUAACUGGACUCUCUGAGAACUUUCUAAACUAAAAUACUUGGAUUUUAUUUUUCUGACGACCCUUUAAAUUACUUUUCUAGACUCUUUGACCACACUGAUCAGGUGCGUGGAGCCAUUCCUCAUCUUCUUGUCUGUGAACACUCGGGAUGGAUCCUCACUCGUUCUACGAGGAGAUGGAGCGGGGAAAGGAGAGGAAGAAGGAGUAAAAGAAGGAAAAGAAAGAGGAGAAGAACAAGAGGAAGGAAGAAAAGAAGGAGGAAAAGAAGAUGGAGUAGGAGAAGAAGGGGAAGGAAGAACAUAAGUUGAUGGAGAAGGAGAAGGGGGAAAGGGGAGGAACAAAAGAAGGAGAAGAUGGAGUAAAAGGAGGAAAAGGAAGAGGGGGAGAAAAAGAACGAGAGGAAGGAGGAAAAUAAGGUGGAGAAGGAGAAUAAGAUGGAGGAGAAGGAGAAGAAGAUGGGGUAAAAGAAGGAAAAGAAAGGAGAAUAACAAAAAGGAGGAAAAGAAGAUGGAGAAGAAGAAGGGAAAGGAGAGGAAGAAGGAAGAAAAGAAGGAGAACAUGGAGUAAAAGAAGGAAAAGGAAGAGAAGAAGAAAAAAAGAACAAGAGAAAGGAGGAAAAUAAGAUGGAGAAGGAGAGUAAGAUGGACAAGAAGGAGAUGGAGUAAAAGAAAUAGGAGAAGAACAAGGAGAAGUAGGAAAAGAAGAUGGAGUAGGAGAAGAAGGGGAAGGAGGGAAAUAAGAAGAUGGAGAAGGAGAAGUGAAAAGACAGGAACAAGGAAGAAAUGAAGGAGAAGAUGGAGUAAAAGGAAGAGGAGAAGAAAAUAAGAAUGAGAGGAAGGAGGAAAAUAGGAUAGAGAAGGAGAAGAAGAUGGAGUAAAAAGGGAAAGAAAGAGGAGAAGAGGGAAAAGAAGGAGGAAAAGAAGAUGGAGUAAAAGAAGGAAGAGGAGAAGAAGAAGUAGGAGGAGGAGAAAAGAAAAGAGAAGGGGGAGAUAAAGUAAAAGAUGAUGGAGUAAAAGAAGGAAGAAUAAGAUGGAGUGAAAGAAGGAAAAUUAAGAAGAGAAGAUAAAGAAGAAUGAGAGGAAGGAGGAAAAUUUAAGGAGAUGGAGAAUAAGGUGAAGGAGGACAAGAAGAUGGAGCAAACAAAGGAAAAGAAAGAGGGGGAGAAAGAAAAGAACAACGAGGAAAAGAAAAAGUAGAAGAAGAUGAAGUAAAAGAAGGGAAAGGAAGAGAAGAAGGAGGAGGAGGAGAAAAUGAAGGAGCAGGAGGCGAUAAAGGUAAAGAGGAUGGAGUAAAAGAAGGAAAAAGAAGAUGAAGAAUGAUGAAUAGAAGAUGAAGAAAGAAUAAGCAGGAGGAGUAGAAGAAGGAGAAGGUCAAGAAAAAAAGGGUUGAGGAGGAGGAGAAGAAGGAGUAGGAGAAAAAAAGGAGGACAAGAAGAAGAAGGACAAGAACAAAAUGUAGGAGGAAAAGGAGAAAAAGGAAAAGGAGAAGAAUAUGGAGUAUAGAAGAAGAAAUGGGAGAGGAAGGAGGGAGAAGAAGAUGGAUUCGAAGAAGGAGACAGAGGAGAAGAAGAUGGAGAAUAAGGAGAAGAAAACUAAGGACAAGAAGAAAUGGGAGGAGGAGAAAAAGUAAAAUGAGAAGAAGAUAGAGUAUAGAAGAAGAAAAAGGAGAGGAAGGGGGAGGAGAUUAUUGAGUAGAAGAAUGUGACUGAAGAGAAGAUGGAGUAGAAAGAAGAUGGAGAAUGAGAGAAGGAUAAAAAGAAAGGUGCGGAGGAGAAGACAGAAGAGUUGACAGAGGAGAAGAAGGUGGAGAGGGAGGUGACUGAGGACAAGAAGAUGGAGUAGAAAGAGGAAGGAAAAGAAAAUGGAGUAUAGACAAAGUAAACGGAGAAGGAGGUGACUGAGAAGUAGAAGAAGCAGGAGAAGAAGAAAAGGGAUAGAAGGAAGGAGGUGACUGAGGAGAAGAAGUUGGAGAAUGAAAGAAGGAGUAUAGAAGAAGAAAAAGGAGAAGGAGGAGGUGACUGAGGAGAAGAGGAUGAGUAGAAGAAGGUGAAGAAGGAGUAUAGAAGAAGAAAAAGGAGAGGAAUGCAGAGGUGACUGAGGAGGAGAAGGAGUAUAGAAGAAGAAAAAGGAGAGGAAGAAGGAAGUGACUGAGGAGAAGAAGAUGGAGUAGAAGAAGGAGUAUAGAAGAAGAAAAAGGAGUGGAAUGAGGAGGUGACAGAGGAGAAGGAGGAGAAGACGGAGUAUAGAAGAAGAAAAAGGAGAGGAAGACGGGGGUGACUGAGGAGAAGAUGGAGUAGAAGAAGGAGUAUAGAAGAAGAAACAGGAGAGGAUUGAGGAGGGGACAAAGGAGAAGGAGUAUAGAAGAAGAAAAGGCAGAGGAAUGAGGAGGUGACAGGGGAGAAUAAGGAGAAGAAGGAGUAUAGAAGAAGAAAACGUAGAGGAAUGAGGAGGUGACAGAGGAGAAGGAGUAUAGAAGAAGAAAAAGGAGAGGAAGAAGGUGACUGAGGAGAAGAAAAUGGAGUAGAAGGAGAAGGAGUAUAGAACAAGAAAAAGGAGAGGAAUGAGGAGAAGAUGGAGUAUAGAAGAAGAAAAAGGAAAGGAAGGAGGUGACUGAGGAGAAGAUGGAGUAGAAGAAGGAGAAGGAGUAUAGAAGAAGAAAAAGGAGAGGAAUGAGGAGGUGACAGAGGAGAAGGAGUAUAGAAGAAGAAAAAGGAGAGGAAGAAGGUGACUGAGGAGAAGAAAAUGGAGUAGAAGGAGAAGGAGUAUAGAACAAGAAAAAGGAGAGGAAUGAGGAGAAGAUGGAGUAUAGAAGAAGAAAAAGGAAAGGAAGGAGGUGACUGAGGAGAAGAUGGAGUAGAAGAAGGAGAAGGAGUAUAGAAGAAGAAAAAGGAGAGGAAUGAGGAGGUGACAGAGGAGAAGAAGGAGUAUAGAAGAAGAAAAAGGAGAGGAAUGAGGAGAAUAAUGAGGAGUGUGUGACAGUAAAAGGUGCUGUUGCAUGCUGGGAAAAGGUGUGCUUGUGCUGCAUGUAGGUCACUAACACUACUGCACUGUAAAUAUGAUAUUUAUACAUGAUACCUAGCUAUGACGUCAUCCUAUGUAGCCACACUGAAUGUAUGAAGGCCAGGCCUCAAGUAGACACUUCCCCGGGAGGAGGCUGCCCCCCUGUGGCCUGCGGGAGAACUGCAGUAGAAGGAAGGAAGCCCAAUCCUCAUUUUGGUGAAACCUCCCAAGUGGAACACAACCUCCCAAGUGGAACACAACCUCCCAAGUGGAACACAACCUCCCAAGUGGAACACAACCUCCCAAGUGGAACACAACCUCCCAAGUGGAACACAACUGCUGAGUUCUGGAAACAAUG